CUAGGAUUUCAUGAUAUUUAUGGACUGUCCAUAAAUAAACACACUAUCCACAAAUUUACAGACAUCACAUGUCCACAAAAAUAUGGAUAAACGCACGAUUUCCACGUUUUUUUCACAUUUUCAUGCAACAAACGCAUUUCCGCAAAACGACAACCAUGGAAGAAACACCGAAACAGCUGUUCAAGGUUGACCCGUGCAAAUGUAAGAAGACCACACGGCACGAGAAGGGGAAGCCCCUUAAUUUGCCCAAUAGGAGUGGCAAGGUGUCUGUUCAAUACAUUGAGAACGAUAGGAAGAGGAGACAGGCCCUAUCUGGAAGAAGAACUGGUUUAUUUAAAAAGGCAUACGAACUGCACAAAAUGACGCGCAAAUAUGUAAAAUUACAAGUGGGUGAAGACUACUGGUGUUCCGAACCUGACAAGAACAAUUCGUUAUCAACUGGUGAUAACGCACAAACAACCACAGAUGAUAACCCAUUGUUGAGCCCAAGCCGUUUCAACAUUGAAGAAAUAAAUACAAAAGAUGUGGCCACACAGUGUAAUUUGAUGGACGGAUUACCCUCCUCCAAUGACAGUGCUAAUUCGUCGGAGCAAUGUCGCUUGUGUGGCGGCUUAUUUGCUGACGAUUCCAAGGGUGUUAAAGAUCUGUGGUUGGGGUGUGAUGAACCAGAAUGUAAAUACUGGCUUCAUGCCACUUGCCUGCUUGGUAAAUCCCCCAAAAUUACUGUGAAAUUCGUUAGGACUCUACCAUUUCGGUGUAAUUUACAUAAAUAAAAUAUUUUGAAAAUCUUACAGUCUCUUUGUCUUUCAGAAACAUCUUCUAAACACUGGGUCACCUCCUUAUAAAAUUCGAUUAACACUUUCUUGGUUCCUAUCUUUUCUUUUUUCCACUGGCAGGAAAGUACCUCAUAUUCCUCAUUAGCGCCACAUUCUAAAAUUGACUAAAGACACAUUUUAAAUGAAAUAUCUGUUCCAAUAAAAAUGGCAAUAAUGUAAUAAUAAUGAAUAUAUAUAUUUAAUUUGAUACUGUAUAAAUUAUUAAUUUAAAAUAAAAUUAAUAAAACUUAUGAUUAUAUAAACGAAUAAUGAAACAUUUAUUUACAUAUGUUAAAAAUAUACCUGCAAUAAUCCAUUAAUCAUGUCUCUUAGCUGACUGUUGGAUGUGUUUUCUAUUCUAAAAAAU